AUGUCGACGCUCAUGAGAACGCUGCGCAACCUGCGCCGAGUUGGACUUAAGGAAUAUGGCCACCAAAUGGCGAACAUCGGUGACACCAAAGCCGGAACCUUGAUCGGCCAGGACAAGUACGGCAACAAGUACUUUGAGAACUUGGAGGAGGAGCUUCCUCUCCGAACCCGCUGGGUCGACUACAAGGACCAUGAGUUCGAUCCGCACGCCUGGAUGUCAUACAUGGUCGACAAGUCACCAGCCGCAGACCCGCUCCUGCAGCGCCAGGUCCGCGUCUGGGAGCCAAAGGAGCACAGGCCGACUCUCACAUGGACCCGAUCGGGAUACAAGCCUUACAACACUGUCAAGCCCAAGUACUCUCCGUGGACACCCGUCGCCAAGGCUCGACAGUAG